CCGUGUGGGCCGGGGCGGCCAUGCCGCUGCACCGCUUCCCGCCGCGGCUGUGGCCGGCCCUGCGGCUGCGGCAGGGGCUGUGCUCGCGGCUGCCCGCGCACUGCCUGCGGGCGCUGCAGGAGGACGAGCCGCCCGCCGCCCCCGUGCACUGGCGGCCGCAGGGGGCUCGCUACCGCCGCAACCCGCGCACCGGCGAGCGGGAGCGCGUGCAGGACGUGCCGGUGGUCCCCUUCCUGCCGCCCGCCGCGCACCGGGGGCUGUGGGGCGGCGAGGGUUGGGUCCGCGGCUUCCGCUACGCGCGCAACGACAAGCUCUCCACCCGGCUGCCGAAGGUGUGGAAGCCGCAGCUGUUCGAGCGGCGCCUCUACAGCGAGAUCCUGGAUGCCACGCUCACCGUCACCGUCACCAUGCGCACGCUGGACCUCAUCGACCAGGCCUACGGCUUCGACUUCUACAUCCUCAAGACCCCAAAAGCAGAUCUGUGCUCGAAGCUGGGGAUGGAUUUGAAGCGAACGAUGUUGCUGCGGCUUGCACGGAGAGAUCCCAAACUGCACCCCAAUGAUCCUGCCAGAAGAGAGGCAAUUUAUAACAAGUACCAGGAAUUUGUGAUUCCAGAAGAGGAGGCUGAAUGGGUUGGCUUGAGUUUAGAAGAAGCAAUAGAAAAACAGAGGCUCCUAGAAAAAAAGGACCCUGUCCCGCUCUUCAAGGUGUAUGCUGAAGAACUUGUCAACCAACUGAAAGAAAAGGCACUUCAGAAGCAAUGAAGAAACCUUCAGCGCAAACUCCCAGCUGCAGAUCGAGCUGUGGGGUUCAGUGAGCCUUCUGCCUGAACCACGCUUGGGUAGAAGAGGCCCCACAGUGAGCACACCCAGGAGCGUGUUGCAGUUAUCAACACCUAAUAACAGCAGCCUAGACUCAAUGAGGAAUUGUGCCUGUUGGCUGAGGAAAUUAUUUCUGUCCUGUGGCCUCUGAAAGCAUUCUUGUAAGACAGACCUGAUGUGGUUCUGCCUGUGCAAGUACUUGACUGCUGUGUGAUCCUGAUAUACAAUUAAAUAUGCAUUUUAGGGAAUA